AUGGCUCGCUUCACUAUUACAUUUGCAGUUCUAGUGCUAAUGUUACUUUCUCUCACAGAGUGGCAUUUGGUUUCUGCUACUUUUUAUAAGACAAUUCAUGUAACUGUUCACAAUGGUUUGGGAGGAAAUAGAGAAUUGGGUCUCCAUUGCAAAGCAGACGAUAGGGCUGGUUAUAAAGGAGAUCUGGGCGAGCAAAAAAUCCCUGAUAAUGGAGACUUUAAAUGGUCGUUUGGAAGGACACCUAGGGAUAAAUAUCCACUCUACUAUUGUGAAAUGACUUGGGAGAAAGCACCAAACCAGAAAGUAUUUGCUACCGGUAUUCAUAUCUAUGAUUUUCACCGGGAUGAUCCCUUGUGUGGCAAGUGGUGCGAGCGUACUGUCAAGAUGGACGGCGUUUAUGCUAUAGAUCUAGAGCAUCAGAAGACCAUUAAACUAUAUUCAUGGAAGCUUGAUUCUUAUUGA